AUGUUACAAGCUCCGCCGAGUAAGAGUCCACAUACCCGUGGCCAUGCUCACAAGCGUUCAGCUGCAAUCAGUGGGGACUUUGACCUAGACUUCUUCAGAGGCACAACUUCAAUAUCACAGGCGUUUGAGAAACAAGAGCUCUAUGUCCCGGUGACCCCGACAACACAUCAACAGGGCAUCUUUGCCACACCAACGAGUCAGAUGUCGAGCGUCACGCCUAUCACAGCUGCGACUGUUCAAACACCAAUGGCUGCUGAGGUUCCUUCCGUCGUGGUGACUGAAGCGGAGUCCAGUCCGAGACUGACGUUUUCUCCAUAUAAGGGACAUACCCGUCUGAACUCUUGGGCUCAUUCUGGUCCUGCUGCUGUGCGGGCAAAGUGCAAGUCUCCCUACUCGUCCCAAGUUGAGUACAGCUCAUCAACGGAGACGUCGCCGGAGACGAAGAACGCAACUUUGAACUAUGCGUAUGGAGGCAUGAUGAGUCCGAAGUAUGAUAUUCCAGAGGCCAUAAUCGAUUUGGACCUUGCUUCUGGUGUUUAUUUUGAUCCAGCUACUCAAAAGCACAAUACCAAGAUCCAACAUCGACGUACAGAGAGUGCACCGGAGUUGGAGAACUUCUUCAAGCCUAGUAUGAACUUUGGUUCUGGGUCUGCAAGUUCGAGAAAGAACUCUGCUAUCUUUGAAGAGGAGGACGAAGAUGACGAUGAUGAUGUUUCAAGUGCAGUUUCCUCAAACCACAUGAGCAACAAUAAUAAUGGGUUAAACGGCAAGAAUAUGUCUUCGAACUCUCUGAACUCGAACUCUAGCACUGGUGCUAGUAGGUUCUCCCCCGUUUUCUCCACACCACAGUCAUCCAAAUCUCGUCGUGGUGGUGCUACUGCUGCUCGCUAUCAAAACCACUACAACAAUAGUUUGCUAUUGUCAUCGCAUCUUUCGGCCAAAUCGUCCGAGAACUUGAAUUCAAAGAAGACUGCGCAGCAGUCAACCCCGCAUAAUUUGGUUUCGACCUCAUCCUCGUCAUCCACUUUGAACUCACCACCAAGGUUUAAAUUCGAAUCCAGGGUUUACGACAUGCCAGCCGCAACUUCAUCGCCAGAGACGAAAUCGAAACAAACGCAUUCGCCAAAGAGAUCCCUUACAAACAACAGCGUGAAAUCUCACAAGAAGUCUAAGUCGUUACUGAGCUCAAUCUCCCAGAAAUUCCGCACAGGUGGUGGCUAUAGUUCCCAAGAGAAUCUUGUGCUAGACGGGAAUUGCGGCACGGACUCCACUGUGGUUCUAAGCGAUGCCGAUGAAGGUGCUGAUUUCGACGCCCAUAAUGUUACUUUGACACCACUUAACUUUGGUGAACCAGGUCCGGCUUUAGACUUGACUACGAUGACUCCAAAGUAUAAUUACGAACUUGAUGAUACCACAAACAAGGAUAUAAACUUGUUCAAAACUGACAAGCCGGUGGCUUCAAAGACAAGCCACCAAGAGUCAACUAAAAGGAGCGAAAAGAAGCAUAAGAGAGGAUUCUUUCAUUGGAUGAAGAAAUAA